GAAAACGGCCGCGGAGGGCGCUGGGGGCUGGUGGCGGCGGCGCGGAAGGCGGUAACGGGACGGCGACGCGGGAUUGGCGCGCCCGGGGAUCCGGCCUCUGCAUCUAAAUGGAAAGUAACACGGCCGACAAGGCCCGGGUGGAGCCCGCGGCCGACGGGCCUGCGCCGCCCAAGAAGGAGGAGGGCGAGGCGGGCGGGAAGGAGCCGGCGGCAGACGCGACCCCCGGGCCCAGCGCCGCGUUCCGCCUCCUGGUGACUCGGCGGGAGCCGGCCGUGAGGCUGCAGUAUGCAGCGAGCGGCGUGGAGCCGCUGGCCUGGUCCGAAGACCACCGCGUAUCCGUGUCCACGGCCCGCAGCAUCGCUGUGCUGGAACUCAUCUGCGACGUGCACAACCCGGGCCAGGAUCUAGUUAUCCACCGCACCUCAGUGCCCGCCCCUCUCAACAGCUGCCUUCUCAAAGUUGGCUCAAAAGCAGAAGUUGCUGAAUGUAAGGAGCAAUUUGCCACCUCUACAGACCCCACCGUCAGUCAGACUUUCAUGUUGGAUCGGGUGUUCAACCCUGAGGGGAAGGCUUUGCCACCAAUGAGAGGAUUCAAAUACACUAGCUGGUCCCCAAUGGGUUGUGAUGCCAAUGGCAGAUGCCUCUUGGCAGCCCUGACCAUGGACAAUCGCCUGACCAUCCAGGCGAACCUCAACAGACUGCAGUGGGUCCAGCUGGUCGACCUGACUGAGAUUUAUGGAAAGCGUCUUUAUGAGAACAAUUACGGGCUCUCAGAAAAUGAGGACUCGGAAGUGGAUCUGGAGGACUUUUCCGAGUUUCAGAGGAGACACAGCAUGCAGACAGCAGUUCGAAUGGAGUGGUCGGGCAUCUGUACCACUCAGCAGGUCAAGCAUAACAACGAGUGCCGUGACGUGGGCAGCGUGCUCCUGGCAGUUCUCUUUGAAAACGGUGACAUUGCAGUGUGGCAGUUUCAGCUACCGUUUGCAGGCAAGGACUCCAUCUCCUCAUGCAACACGAUUGAGUCAGGAAUCAACUCCCCUAGUGUCUUGUCUUGGUGGGAAUAUGAGCACAGUAAUCGGAAAAUGAGCGGCCUCAUUGUGGGCAGUGCUUUUGGACCUGUGAAAAUUCUCCCUGUCAACCUCAAAGCAGUGAAAGGCUAUUUCACUUUACGGCAGCCUGUGCUCUUGUGGAAAGAAAUGGACCAGCUGCCAGUGCAUAGCAUCAAAUGUGUCCCGCUUUACCACCCUUACCAGAAAUGCAGCUGUAGCCUGGUGGUGGCUGCCAGAGGGCCCUAUGUGUUCUGGUGUCUGCUUCUCAUCUCCAAAGCGGGUCUGAAUGUGCACAACUCCCACGUCACAGGCCUUCACUCGCUGCCCAUUGUCUCCAUGACUGCAGACAAGCAGAAUGGAACCGUGUAUACGUGCUCCAGUGACGGGAAGGUGAGGCAGCUGAUUCCCAUUUUCACCGAUGUCGCGUUAAAAUUUGAGCACCAGCUGAUUAAACUCGCAGAUGUGUUUGGCUCGGUGAGGACACACGGGAUCGCGGUGAGCCCCUGCGGCGCGUACCUGGCUGUCAUCACCACCGAGGGCAUGGUCAACGGCCUCCAUCCUGUCAACAAGAACUACCAGGUCCAGUUCGUCACUCUCAAAACCUUCGAAGAGGCAGCUGCUCAGCUCCUGGAAUCUUCGGUUCAGAAUCUCUUCAAGCAGGUAGAUUUAAUAGAUCUAGUUCGCUGGAAGAUUUUAAAAUAUAAACUUAUCCCUCAAUUCUUACAAGAAGCUUUGGAAAAAAAGAUUGAAAGCAGUGGGGCCACCUAUUUUUGGCGCUUCAAACUUUUCCUCCUGAGGAUUUUAUAUCAGUCAAUGCAGAAAACCCCUUCAGAAGCCUUAUGGAAACCCAACCCUGAGGACUCAAAAAUCUUACUAAUUGACUCACCUGGGAUGGGCAUCGCCGAGGAUGAACAGCAAGACGAAGGCACUUCCUCCAGACAGGUGACUAAGCUAGGCCUUCAGGAGAGGCGCAAAGAAGGGGACCCAGAGGACUCCACAGAUGACACCCUGACCCAGUCUGGAGAUGGAGGCCAGGAGCCGAUAGAAGAGAAGCUCCUUGAAAUCCAAGGGAAAAUCGAAGCUGUGGAAAUGCACUUGACUAGGGAGCACAUGAAGCGAGUCUUAGGAGAAGUGUACCUGCACACCUGGAUCACAGAAAACACGAGCAUCCCCACCAGGGGCCUCUGUAACUUCCUCAUGUCUGACGAAGACUAUGAUGACCGAACAGCACGGGUGCUGAUUGGACACAUCUCGAAGAAGAUGAACAAACAGACUUUCCCUGAGCACUGUAGUUUGUGUAAAGAGGUCUUGCCGUUCACGGAUCGCAAACAGGCAGUGUGUUCCAAUGGCCACAUUUGGCUCCGGUGCUUCUUAACCUACCAGUCCUGCCAGAGCUUGAUAUACAGAAGGUGUCUGCUGCAUGACAGCAUUGCCCGCCAUCCCGUCCCCGAAGAUCCCGACUGGAUUAAGAGGUUACUGCAGAGCCCCUGCCCUUUCUGCGAUUCUCCUGUGUUCUGAGCACGGCGGGGGGAAGAUGGGGGGUCCUGCACUCCGCUGCAGAAAACCCCGCUUGCCUGAAGAGGCGGGAUGUGCUGAAAGCCUGGCCCCCACGCGUGGAGAGGCUCUUCACGAUUGUAAACGGGGCCUGAGAACUCAUUUUGGAAAUGCACUGUGGAUCCGGGACUAAGUGACGGGAUGCAGACUGAAGUCAUUUGGGGGUGGAUGGUAGCCCCACGGCUCACCCAGUGACGAAUGCUUGUUUUUCCAGUGUCUUCACUUGAAGCAGCUUGAACAAAUGCUCUGUCAUUUCUAGGGACAGAAGGCUUUCUUCUAGAGAGUUGGGACAUGGGUCUUGCUGGGCUGAGUUAGGCUUUAGUCCUAACCUGGGUCUGGACCUGCCUUUGGGCUCCGUGGCAGUCAGUGUACCAGAGCAGACAGUGAGUGUCUACACGCGUGGGCCUGUUUUGUUCCCAGCAAGCAGCUGCAGAUCUUUGUUUUUCCUGCAUAUUGAAAACAUUUUCCUAAAACUAUAUUUUUAAGAGGCUGAAGUCAAGACUCAAAAUUGGUUUUAAUGUGUCAAAAGGUCAGGUGACUCAUGUAAGUUAAUAAUUGUGACUUAUUUUUAAUACUCUGCCAUGUCAACCGAUUACCUGCCCCAACUCCUAAAUAUGUAUAAGGAUGUUGAGUACUCCGGUCACCCAUGUCACCUGUGUCACCGUGUCUCGUCCCCGCUCAGACUCAACUGUGAUACCCUCGAUGAGUUAUUUGUACAUAGAAGAAAAAGAAUAUUUUCUCCUUUUAGUAUUAAAUUAAAACUGAGUAUUUUUAAUGUUGACAUUUCCAGGCGUUUCAUUUAUAUCCUGUAUAGAAGUGUGCAGAGUCUACCUAGAAGCUUCCAGAAAGAGACGCCACUCAGAGGUGCUCCAGGUGUGUGCGGCUCAGUGGCAGAGCCUGGGACUCUUCUUUCAAAGGUCCUUGAUAUUUAUGACACAGGUAUUUUCUGUGGGCUGUUAAGAGAUGUUGGAUGUUCACUGCUCUUCAACCCUAAAGUAAAAAAUAGACAUUCUAGAAUUACAGUGUUUGGGGAUUUUAAAAUAAGUACCCUAGGGAUUGGUGCUGCAAUGCACACAUUUUCAAUGGUGCACAUUUCUGGGAAGUGGGAUGGGAAAUACAAAAUGUGAAAUUCUAACUCAGCUACAUGCUAUCUAUUUUGCCUUUAUUCUAACACAAUUUCCUGCUUUUAUUUUGUAUCCGUCAUGAAAGACAUUUUGUCCUCACUUUAGAAAGGCUUGCUAUUUGGGUAACACUGUAACAGAAACAUGCCGCACGUGUGUUGGUCUUUCCUUUGUGUAGUGAGUAGUGAGUGGGGACAGAGCCCCAGCAAGCACUUCCAGUCUUCACUGAAAUGUCUUUUCUUCUAUUCAGAAUUUGGUUUGUCUCUAACCUUUAAUUACGUAUCUGCUGGAGUCCUCUGCUUCUCUCUCUCACUUUGGUUCAUCCAGACUUCAGGGUCCAGCCCGUUAAACGGAUUUUCAAGGAGACACAGCCAGCACUGAAAUUAUGAGUAACACAAGUCAGACAGUCGUGUCGUUGUUGUUGGUUGUGCGUGUAGCUGUUUCACUUUACAGUGACUGUGACAGUAAGUUUGGAAUAAUGUCAAGGAAAUACUGCAGUUUUAAUAAUCAUGGAAAGCUUAGUUUUGCUUAGUUUCUUGUUCCUAAUCAGUCAGCAGUUGAUUUGUUCUUAUUGGAGGAUGUUUACAUGGCUGCUCCCAUGUAAAACUUACAUUAAGUUUCUAUUUAAAGCAGUUGUGCAUUUUAGGGGAAAUUUCAGUCUUAAGAGUUACUAAAGAGGCUCUUCCAGAUUAUUCUGUAUGUCUGUACAGAAAUAAACAUGGCAAUUGCUUUGCUAGAACAUGGCUUCUCUGUGCAGAGGGCUGGACCCAGUGGGUUCUAAAGACUCUGAAAGCCGACCAACACCUGCCUCAGCCCAGUCCCACAGGCCCAUUUGGGAGGCCCUCCCCCUUUUCCUGCCCCGGCCCCACCCUUGGAGGCUAAUCUGCUGACCUGUGGGAACGGGAGACUCCAUGUGAAGGGCAGCGCCACAAACAGUGCACUGCGCGUUUCACUAAGGGUCGGCCUCCUUGAUGACAGCGCUGACCAGUGAAACCCUGCAAAGGUGGGGCUGAGACUGGGCACCUUCAGACUAACCGCCUCUCCCCAUUUCAACUGAUCACACCCUCGCUGCCUCCCUGACAUUUUGCCUGAGCUGCUCAGGGGUUUCAAGUGGGUUUCAGCUGUCACUGUAAGAACUGUUUCAGGAAUGGCCGCAUUGAAGCCCAGGGGCAGAUUCUAUGCAGUGAGACCUUUCAAGCUAUAACACAGUUGCAUUUUGGGAGUCUGAUACCCACACCUGAAUCACAUUGUUUCUGCCUAGGGUUAAUUUGUUCCUAUUAUUCUAGAUAAGAAAUUGAUAGCUUAUUAUGCUUGAUAUUUAUUCUGAAAUCCUCUUGUGUCCACCGCCCAGAUUUUAAGCAAUCUCUACCUACUAUUAUAUCUGCCAGAACUACCAAUUAUUUUUCAAUGUCAGAAAGUUAUUAGAACCACUGGCACAGCUCUUAGUUGACUGUGACAUUUUUCUGCUUCUCCCUCUUAAGAAGUUUUUGAGAAUGUUACUGUUGAAGCUGGUAGGUUAGACCUAUUAGUGAGCUCCACAGGUUAAAAGAAUGUUAAAGGUAAUAAUUAAAUAUUAAAAUCUAUUUUGUUGUAAUCAUCAUGGUAUCAGAUAAGGUGCGGAAGAAAUCGAUGCUUAUCGGACGGUGCUUGUUAAGAGGAGCAUGGUGCUGGUUUUAUGGAGCACCUGCUCCCCCAACAGCAGACCUCCUGCUGUGGAGUUUGGUGAAUUCUUGCAGUUCCUGGAAUGAAACCAGGAAUUCGCCUGGCUGGGCGAUUUUCCCAGGGCCGGUUCAUCCUGUCUGCUCCUGACCGCCCUCCCUCUCCCUACCUGCCCCCGUCUCACUCGCUUACUGUUCCUUACUGGACAGGUCCUCUUGAUUCCAGUCCCUUAGUUCUCCCAGCUUUACGACACAUCCAGAGCUAACAGAUUUCAUGUUUGAAAGAAAAAUAGAUAAGUGCUAAAAUUCCUAAAAGCUACAUCACAUCCUGGGUCUCCCUUCCUAGAAGUAGUUUUUGUUUCUUGUGGUUCCUUGUUGACGUGGUGAACCGUAUCUGGUUUCCUUCACAACGGUUUGGAAUUUCUGUCAGAGUGUUCAGUAACUCUUGGCUGGAUUUGGGCUAGAGGAGGCUAGAUUUUCGUUCCUUGCCACCUCCCACCCAACGAAUAUUAUUCUUGACCAGCAAAACUUCUGGUUAAGACUAGCUGAAUGGGUUAUGUUAUAUUCAAAGUCAGCAGACCUAAAUUUUUAAGGGAAAAGUAUAUUCUAACCUUUUUUGCUUCUAGAGAUUGGGCAGCACAAACAGCAGCCCAGCUAAAUGAAUGUCUUUCCAAUGAGCCCACCAGGGCCUUCUUGGGGUCCGCAUGGCUCCGUAAUUCAUUCUGAAUGCAUCUCUGUGCUCUGAGACCGUCCUGCUGGCUGCUGGUGGCACACAGCAGUGCAGGGCGCCUGCCACGUCUCAGGAAUCUACCCUUUGCCCUCAAGGUCGUCAGAUUUUAAACAUGCCUCUGAAAGGUCUGACUGAUGUGAACUGCUUUCACUUUAGUUAUCAGUGGGAGUGUCAGCUGCAGCUUGAAGCAGUUUAGACUGUGUCUUGAGUCCCAGUUAAACUUGAACUGUUCUUUCUUGAAGCUGAAAGGGUUUCUGGAGUUAAGAUCUUCACGUCUGCUAACAUGAUAUCUGCUAUUCCGACUGAUUAUAGAGCAUGGGACAUUUGACUGUCUUAAAUGGAAUGAAGUCAAAUUUGCAGAAUAGAGCGUUGCUUCUGGUGAGCGGAAGUACUGUUGCAUCACAGUCUUGAUGAAGCAGCAGGCUUUGCAGGAGGUGAUGGUGAGCACAUGUCCAGGGCACAGGUGUCAACCAGGACCAGGCCCACCGGAUGGUCUGGUCUGGAGGACGCUGCAACCUCUCAUGUGCAUAGAUAGAUGGAGUUUGUUUUAAGACGGGGCCGUUUCUGAAAACGUGGUGUGGGAAUCAGCAAAUUUAACAGGGAGCGGCUGUUGAUAAAGAUUUCCUGUAAAGAAGUUGAUCCUUUUGGUAUAUGAAUAUUUCUCCCCCAACCUCGUUACCAAACGAGGUGAUUCGGUUUUCCUUAUCUUGCCUUUUCUUUGAGUUCUAACUACUCUAGGAGAGAGACUUAGUAUAUAAUCCAAGGUCCUAGUCAGGGAGUUUAUUUAGAGCAGUAUUACAUGGAUUACCAACGUGCUGGUGUUUUCAUUCAUUGCAGGCUUGGGAGGAGUUGAAAAAGGGAAAGCUGAAAUUCUCACGCUGACACUAUUGUAAGUGGGUCGGGUAGAACUAAAUUUCAGAACUCGAAAUGUUAUGUUUAUUUCUAAGGUAAAAAUUUGCCUACUUCUCCAUCAUGAAACCCUGUUACUUUCAUAAGAAGGCCCUAUAAAGUGGUCAUAUUGGACGGUGUAAAAAGUGUGAUGCUUCGAGGCGUUUCAUUCUUCAUGGGUUGUGCAUUUGCCUAAUAGACUGGUAGGCUUUGGGGUAUUUUGUUUUGUUUUGGUACUAAUGCAGAAUUAUAUGCAAAAAUGAAUGAUGUCUUUUUUGAGACUUUGAUUCCAAUGUGUACUUUAAUGUAUGAAAGGAAAAUGAACAUCACACUUGUUUAUACAGAAAUAGGACUGUAUAGAAAAAUAAGUCUGUGUUGUGUAUAGUGACAUAUAUUUUGUUUACCCAAUGCCUGUGCUAAUCUCUGUGCUUGGCUUUGAAUUUAUGUAUGUUUACAUAUGACAUUUUUUUGAAAUAAAAAGAACAGGCAUCUAAAAACUUGCUAUAAAAA